CUCAUCACUUGCGCAAAUGCAACUUUGUGUUUUCGCACAAAGUGAGUGAUGUCAAAUUCUAACGAAUGACUAAGGUUUUCCGCCACUUUGCAACACCUAGCGUACUCGUUGCUUUUUUCUUCCUUACUUUUUUUACUUACUUGGCUUUGGAUUUUCGUCCGCAACAAACCACCACCAAUUGUAAUCAAGGUAAAAAUAUUGUUUUUCCGAACAAUAUUUAAAUAAAUUGUUUAAAUUAUAUUUAUACGAAAAACUAAAACCUUUUGUUUUUCUUUAUUUUAUUUUUUCUUUUAUUUUAUUGCCUACGCAAACAUUGGUCCAUUCGAGCCGGAUCAGAAAGAAUUGCUGCCUAAAAACAACAACAACUAAUUGUUCAUUUUUUUCUAAUCAAGGCUGACUCCGUCAACACCACAAACAACUAACCGCUGUCCAUCAUCUCCACACUCAUCAUCCCUCAUCUUCAUAUUAUUUAUACAAUUUUAAGAAUGGAAAACAUGAGCAAGAUUGCCGCUACCCUCCCCAAUAUUGAGGACGAACUUUUAAUGUCUGAUGAGGAGAGGGACCUCCAAAACCAGAUGGCUCCUGAAGCUAGAUCGGAAACAAAGCCAAUUAAUAGCGAUCAAAUGGAGGCCACUCCUAUCCGGGAGAUUGCACAAAGCCCUCCUUUAGAAAAUAGUGCCCUUCUGGCAAGUCGAGCCGAAGUGACUCCUAUCCGGGAGAUUGCACCCACACUUCGUGCCUCCAGUACAGUGGUAGAAAAUACGGAAGCAGCUCCUAUCCGGGAGAUUGCACUUAAGCCUUCCGUUGAGGUUAUUAAUUCCGCAUCCGCGGUUCAGAAUAGGUCGACACCGUCGACCGCUCCGGCAUGGAAAAACUCAGGUUCGAGUAGUAGCAAUCAACGAUGUGCGUUUUGCAAUCAGGGCCAUAAAAUUCGGGACUGCCGUAAGUUCCAUAGACUGUCCCAUGCAGCGAAGGUUCGAGUCAUUGUGUCGAAGCGUUUAUGCUCGAAUUGUCUUACUGGGAACCACUUCUAUAGAAAUUGCCCAAGUCCUAGAAGAUGUCAAAUAUGUCAGCGGGAUCACCAUACCCUUUUGCAUCCUACCAACAAUUCCCCAAAUCCUAAUCUUAGAAAUCCAAACGGCAGACAAAUUGUUCCUCAUUGUUCCGUUCCCAAUUCUUCCUCUGAAAUGUCUCCGUUCCUUCCCUUUGCCAAUCCUAUCCCCUUGUCCGUUCCUUUGUUUUCCUUUCAACCUACUGUAACAUUAGCGCCCACCAUUAUAUUAAAUCUUCAAUUGGGCAGUAGAAAAAUUCCUGUCCGAGCUCUGUUAGAUUCUUGCUCGGGGCAUAGUAGAAUUUGUCAGUCUCUUGUGCAGAAACUACAAUUGGGUAUGGUGCCAAUGGGACAGGGAAUGUUUUCCCAAAUUAAGGUAGAGUCCAUGUAUGAACGGGCUCAAAACGUAAUGCUGUUUGCUCAGGUGAUGCCAUUACACCACAUCGUAAAGCCUUCAGCGUCCGCACCGGAGAGCAUUAAGGAGCAUUACGCGGGGCUACAACUGGCGGAUCCGGAGUUUUAUAGAGCGGGGCAUAUAGGUAUUGUUCUUGGGUCCGAUGUUUACCCAAAAAUUAUAAAGUCUCAAACUUUCUCGAACCCGGGUUUUCCAUGGGCCCAGCUCACCAUUUUUGGUUGGGUUAUUAUGGGCCCUUGUAGUAUGUAGUCGUAGUUUUAACUUUAAGUCGUAUUGGGUCAUCCCGACCAAGCUUUAGAAGGCAAUUUUUUCGUUGCCUGUGGCUCUCCGAGCCAAUAGUAUUAAGAUAAAAUGGAUUAAUAAAUGGAUUUAUAACGUACGCUCACUAUUGACGGUUCUACCCUUGAAUUUAUUUUACACAGAUAAAAUAGCUUAUAAAUAGUUUAUAAGUUGCAACAUCGCUGGAUGUUCCAAGGCGGCCGGCAAAUGUAUAAUUAAAAUUAUCCUAAAAUAUGGAAUGUGUUCUUUCUUAGAAUUUGCUCAUCACUUGCGCAAAUGCAACUUUGUGUUUUCGCACAAAGUGAGUGAUGUCAAAUUCUAACGAAUGACUAAGGUUUUCCGCCACUUUGCAACACCUAGCGUACUCGUUGCUUUUUUCUUCCUUACUUUUUUUACUUACUUGGCUUUGGAUUUUCGUCCGCAACAAACCACCACCAAUUGUAAUCAAGGUAAAAAUAUUGUUUUUCCGAACAAUAUUUAAAUAAAUUGUUUAAAUUAUAUUUAUACGAAAAACUAAA